AUGAAUGCUAAACACUAUGCAUCAGACAAAUGGGACCAUGAUGACGGGAUGCACAAAUAUGACUCAGACUCGAACGACUCUGAUGAUGAUGACAUUCCACCACUUUUGGUCAGCAGACAUGGUAUUGUCCAUGGACAUGAUGAGGUAUCAUUGAUUGGCAGACACAGCAACAUCUCUGAUGACAACUUGAUAUAUGAUGAGAUCCCACAAUUGAUCGCACGACAACAAUAUGAUAGCAAUGAUGACAAUAGUGAUGAUGACGAUGACAACUCAACUCAUAACAAAGAUGCGCCAUACUACUAUGACAAUGAUGGGGAUGAUGAGUCAACAGUGCAGACUGAAACAAGCAUCCAAAAUGAAAUCAACUCGACCCUCAACGGAAUCGCAAUGGCUAACAUGGAUAAAUGGAAAUCCAAAGAGAUGAAACUGACACCACAGACUUGGUUUGGAGACAGCGCAGCGAGUACACAUAUGUGCAAUGAUGACACCACCCUGUACGACUACAACGUUAUUUGA